AUGAAUACGUUUUUCGUUCAAAUCCUCAUUUUGGCGCUGAGUAUCACAGCGCGCUGCGUUUCAUCCAUACCGCCGGUGAAGAGAACCUCCGGCACGGAUGACAGCGCUUCAACACUGGCCUUUGUCUUCGAUGUUACCGGCUCCAUGUACGACGAUCUCAAACAGGUGAUAGAUGGUGCGUCUCGAAUAUUGGAGAGGACCCUGAGCCGCAGAACAAGACCCAUCAAGAAUUUCGUGCUGGUUCCUUUCCAUGAUCCAGAUAUUGGCCCCGUUUCCAUCACUACUGACCCCAAAAAGUUCCAGAAGGAUCUUCAGGAGCUGUUUGUUCAGGGUGGAGGGGAUUGCCCAGAGAUGAGCAUUGGGGCCAUCAAGAAGGCUCUGGAGGUUUCUCUGCCUGGAUCUUUUAUCUAUGUCUUUACAGAUGCCAGAGCCAAAGAUUAUCGCCUGAAAAGAGAUGUUCUUCAGCUAGUACAACUCCGACAGUCUCAAGUUGUGUUUGUGUUGACGGGGGACUGCGGGGAUCGGUCCCAGCCAGGAUACAGAGCUUAUGAGGAGAUCGCUGCCACCAGCUCUGGUCAAAUAUUUCACCUAGACAAGCAGCAAGUCAAUGAGGUUCUUAAAUGGGUUGAGGAAACUGUCCAGGCCAUGAAGGUCCAGCUUCUCUCAUCUGACCAUGAGAAUGCCCAGGAGACCCAGUGGGAGGUGCCCUUUGACCCCAGCCUAAAAGAGGUCACUGUGUCAUUGAGUGGUCCAGCACCACAAAUUGAGCUCAGGGACCCUCUAGGUCGCACGGUUGGAGACAGGCAGGGUCUAACAGAACUGCUCAAUAUCCCAAACUCAGCACGGGUGGUCAACCUGAAGAACCCUCGACCUGGACCAUGGACACUAAAGGUGGGCUGCAUGGGGCGGCACACCCUCAGAGUAACAGGGGUUAGCAACCUGGACUUCAGGGCAGGUUUCUCAAGUAUACCGGUGACAGAGUUUAACAGGACCAGAGAGAGGCCUAUUAAAGGUAUUCCAGCCCAUGUGAUUCUAAAGUGUUCAGGUCUUAAGCCUCCUGGACUCAUUACCAAUAUGGAGUUAGUAUCUCUAGGUGGCCGCUCUCUGCGUACCAUUCCUGUGCCUUUGCCUUCCGAUAGAGGCUCAGGAGGUAUCUGGAGCAUUCCAGAGUUUCGAACCCCCUCUCAAAGUUUCUUCAUCAAAGUGUCUGGAAAAGAUGGAGAUGGCUACAACUUCCAGAGACUGUCUAGCGUCUCUUACAUCAGCAUCAUCCCUGAGCCUCCAUUGGUUAGCAUGCCUACUGUGGUAAGAGGGUUCUACAUGCAGCCUGCACAGAUUGACUGCUCUGUGGUGAGCGACCUACCCUAUACACUAAGAUUCACCAAAGGUGGAAUCACAGUAGGAGAGGAGAGAACCUUUGAGUCUUCCGCUAAAGCAUCAUGGAAAAUUCCCCAUGCCUCAGGCAAUGAUGAGGGAGCAUAUGAAUGUGUGGCCCAGAGCACUGCAGGCACAGGACAAGCUCUCACGCAACUCACUGUCAGAGAGCCCCCUCCUAUUCUGCUGCCCCCAGUGAAUGUAACAUUGUCCCCGGGAACAGUAGCAGUGCUGUCAUGUCAGGUUCAAGGCUCUGUGCGGCACAACCUGACCUGGUACCGUUCAGGCUCUGUCUUAUCAUCUCGCUUGGGGAGGGUGAAAGUACUGAACAAUGCAUCUCUGGAGAUCAGCUGGGUUCGCACUCAGGAUGCUGGACCCUACCAGUGCAGAGCCACUAAUGCCCAUGGAGAGAGUCAGUCUGUCGUAUGGCUGGUGGUCUUAGAGGCCCCAUCUGUGGUUGUCUCCCCUCAGAUACAAAGCUUCUCUAGGGGGGCAGAGGUCCACAUCUCCUGUUUGGUGUCUGGAGCCCCUCCUCCUAAGGUUUUCUGGAGCCAUGGCAACAUUUUUCUGUCCAACCAUGAUCGAAUCAGUAUAUCUGAGUCAGGCACUCUUACAAUCAGAGGAGCUGUCCCUGAGGACGCUGGAAACUAUACGUGCCUGGCCACCAACGAGGCAGGCACAGCCUCCCAGUCUGUUACUCUCAGUUAUGCAGAGUCUCCAAGAAUCUCGUUGGCACAGCAGGUGGUGAUGGUUGUUUCUGGUGGAGAUGCCACUCUAGAAUGUCAUGCCUCUGGCACUCCCCUUCCAUUAGUAACAUGGCAUAAAGGGGAUCUGGAUCUUGGCACAGUGACAUUUGCAGAGCAGGAUGUUCAUCAUGGAACACUGCAGAUCCGUGGGGUUCAGGAACUGGAUGCUGGAGAGUAUACCUGUGUGGCCACAAAUACUGCUGGCUCCGCCUCUGCAGUGGUCAUGCUACAGGUGGGAGCUGCUCCAGGGUUCUCAGAGUUCCCUGUGGACAUAUUGGCCAGCAUAGGUGAUAACAUUACUCUGCCGUGCAUCGCCCAUGGUUUCCCCACACCGUCUCUUACAUGGCGACGCCAGGACGGACGGCCCAUUUUUGGCAAGUUGUCUGGCCACAUAGGCAACUCACAACUGCCUUCUGGUGCCCUACAGAUUCAGAGUGUUUGGGUCGAUGAUGAGGGUGUGUAUGUUUGUGAGGUCAAAAACCAGUUUGGAUCCCUCAAGGCACACGCCAGAGUCACUGUUACUGGCUUAGAACCACCAUUAUUAGCUGAAGGUGCACCAAUUGUCACAACUACAAUCGGUCAGCCUUUGAACAUUCCCUGUAUGUUAUUAGACGGAAUUCCUCUUCCUGAAAGAGUCUGGAAACACAAUGGAAAACAAGUGCGUAUGGGUGGGAGAGUCUUUCUAAGGAGUGACGGCAGUCUACACGUGGAUAGAGCCAUACCAGAAGAUGCUGGGACAUACGUUUGCACCGCUAUAAAUGUAGCAGGAUCUGCCAAUAUUACAGUCAAAGUGGAAAUUCAUGCCCCUCCCGAUAUCAAGGCUGGUCCACUGCACUACAUAGCCAAUGAGGGCACGCCCAUCUCCAUGUCCUGUGAAGCAAGUGGGGUGCCCACACCCACCGUUGUCUGGUCUAAGGGUCGAGAUCCCUCAACCAGGACUGUGUCAGCACCUCUUGCAGAAGCUGACGGAAGUCUAUACAUCCCCAGUCCAACAGCUAAAGAUGCGGGGGUCUACGUCUGCACUGCUACCAGCGCAGUGGGCUACACUAGCAGAGAGAUGCAUCUAAGUGUUUACACCAAACCAAUAAUUGUUGGUGCCAAUGGGACACAGACAAUGGUUAAAAUGGCAGCUGAGGUUGGAUCUGAGAUCAUCCUUCCAUGUGAAGUUCAUGGAAGUCCUACCCCUCUGGUGACUUGGAGCAGAAAUGGGCAGCCCAUCCCUUCUGUCACAGCCUGGUUCACUGUUCUACCAUCUGGUUCUCUGAAGAUUAGCAAUGUAAGACUGAUAGACAGUGUAUUCUACACCUGUUCUGCUGCUAACCCAGCUGGCAAUGUCUCACUCACCUACAAUUUGCAAGUACAAGCUAAACCAAGAAUUCAGCCCGCACCUACAUCUCUUAAGGCUCUGAUUGGCCAAACGGUGGUGUUGCCGUGUGUGGUGCAAGGAGAACCAACCCCUGAGAUUGGCUGGCUUCACAAUGGACUUCUUGUGAGCAAUGAACAAAUGUUGAAGAUCCAGGCAGUCCAGCACUCAGACAGUGGCAGUUACAGUUGUGUGGCCAGAAAUAGUGCUGGAGAAGAUUCCAAAAAGAUUGUUCUGGAAGUGUUAGAGGCCCCCUACCUUGAGACAAAUGGAGAGACCAUCAUUGAGAGUGUGGCUAACAACAGAGUGGUCAUUCCUUGCCCUGCACGAGGAUCUCCACCACCUUUGGUGCGAUGGUUCAAAAAUGGCCUGGAGAUCCAUAUGGAGCGAUCAGAGCAUGGGGUGUCUGCAGCUGAGGAUGGCUCUCUAGUGAUUGGCCAAGCUUCAGCCAGUCACAGUGGAGACUUUAAGUGUGUGGCCACCAAUGAAGCAGGCUCAGUGGAAAGGAAGACCAGGCUAAAGGUCAAUGUUCCACCAGAAAUCCAGGAUGAUGGGCAGCCUUUGAAUCUGACUGUUACCCUGAAACAGCCCCUCACACUGGGAUGUGAUGCUUUUGGCACCCCAACCCCUACCAUUACCUGGUCUAAAGACAACAGACCUGUAUUGGAGACCCCAGGUGUUUAUCUACAAAAUGGAAAGAGGCUUUUGAAGAUUUACCGUGUUCAGAAUCAUCACGCUGGUCGCUUUUCCUGCACUGCUCAGAACUCUGCUGGGGAAGCCAUUAGGGAGUAUACUAUUGAAGUGCAAGCUCCACCAGUGAUUUCAGGCUCCUCAGGAGUGCAGGAACUGACUGUCAUGGCAGGACAGGAAGUGGAUAUGCAAUGUAGAGUUAGCGGCCUUCCAGUGCCUGAAGUAGAAUGGAGUCACGAUGGAAAGGCUUUAUCUCAUAAUGGAGAUUCUCAUGUGGAGUUUUUGGAGAAGGGGCAGGUGUUGAGAGUGAAGUCCGUGAUGUUGAGGGAUCAGGGUCUGUAUCAGUGUGUGGCCAGUAACAACGCUGGCACUCAGACACGCCAAUUUAGGCUCAUUGUACAAGCUGCCCCCAUCAUUCGUGAUUCCAGUGGGACAUCUGAGGUGACUGUGGUUCUCGGGUUCCCUGCUGUUCUGUACUGUGAUGUAGAGGGGAUCCCACUUCCCACAAUCACCUGGCUAAAGGACAACCAGCCCAUUGUGUCCAGUCCACAGCUCACAUACACACAGGGUGGACAGGCUUUGCGUGUGGCUGCGGCACGUGGGGAGGACGCAGGUACCUACACCUGCCGAGCAACCAAUCCGGCUGGAACAGCAUACAGGCACAACACGCUAAGAAUUCUAGUUCCUCCACAGAUAGAAGGGGAUUCAACAACUCUCAGCUUUGGCAGAAAAGAAGAGAAAGUAAGAAUUAAUGGGACAUUGACCUUGUCAUGCCUGGCUAAAGGCUUUCCAGAACCUCUCACACAGUGGUUUAAAGAUGGACAGUUGUUAAAUGGGAAUACACACACUGGUCUGAGAGUGGAAACCCAUAUGCUCCAUAUCGAGAAUGCUAUGCUGUCUCAUGAGGGCCAAUACACAUGUUUGGUUUCCAACACUGCUGGAGAAGAUAAAAGAGACUUUCACCUCAUUAUACAAGUUCCUCCAAUCUUCCACCGAGUGGUAAAUGGUGCUGCUGGUUUUACACUGGGAGAGAGAGAGAGUGAUGAAGAGGACCCUGACAGCAAUCAAGGAAUGGUUGAAAGAAGAGAGGUGGUACUGGGACACUCCAUCAGUUUGUCCUGUGAGAGCAAUGCCAUUCCUCCUCCUCGACUGAGCUGGUACAGACAGGGCAGACUACUCACCAGCUCAGAUGGAGUUGUGCUCUUACCUGGAGGGCAAGUCCUGCAGAUCCCACGGGUACAGCUGGAGGAUGGAGGGAAAUACACAUGCCAGGCUGUGAAUGAAGCAGGGGAAGAUAAAAUGCACUUUGACCUGGAGGUGCUGGUUCCUCCAGUGAUUGAUGGGCAGACUGAUGAGUUCAUGGAGGAUGUUUCUUCUGUGGUCAAUUCCACUGUAUCACUGCGCUGUGACACCACAGGACACCCCGCCCCAUCUGUAUCUUGGCUUAAGGAUGGUCUGCCCCUUUACAGUGGUCCUCACCAUCAGAUACUAGAGGAUGGCAAAUUGCUGGAGAUCCUGAAUGUACAGGUGUCUGACACUGCCAAUUAUCAGUGUGUUGCUGAGAAUAAGGCUGGAGCUGUCGAGAGACUCUACAGCCUGUCUGUUCAAGUUCCACCAAGGAUUGUGGGUCACCGGGAGGAGGAUGUGAGUGUUGUAGAGGGUCACAUGAUCUCUCUGCUGUGUGAUGUGCAGGCAUAUCCCCCUGCUGACAUCAUUUGGACAAAAGAUGGACAAGUGCUAGAGUUUUCCACUGGUAUCCAUUUACUGCCAGGUGGUCAGAUGCUGCAAAUGCCCAGGGCUGGACAGCAGGAUGCCGGCCAGUAUGUCUGUACAGCCACAAACUCAGCCGGUCAGGACCAGAAGAGCAUUAUCCUUACUGUCUAUGCACUGCCUACACUGGUGCCACGUCUUGACUCAGAGUCAGAGGUCAUGACACCUCAGGUUGGGUCAUCACUUAUUCUGCAUUGUGAGGCCAAUGGCAUCCCUGAACCAGAGGUCACAUGGUAUCAUAAUGGACUACAGCUGGUAGCUGGGAAUGGUUUGAGGAUAGACCGCCAGCAACUGGAGAUAGUUGGGGUGCAGGUGGCUGAUGCUGGGGUGUAUACCUGCAAGGUGUCCAAUAUUGCAGGCCAAGUGGAUCGCACAUUUAGAGUAACAGUCCAUGUGCCUCCUUUGAUGGAGGGGCCUCUUCAUGAGACCCUCACUCAGAACCUGGGCUCCCACAUCACCCUCAUCUGUGAGGCUUCUGGUGUACCUGUUCCCAGCAUUGCUUGGCUGAAAGAUGGCUCUCCUGUUGAAAGCAGUUUACAUUGGAACUGGUCAGUGAGAGGAAACAGACUGGAAUUAGGCCCUCUGCAGCACUCUCAUGCGGGUACUUACACCUGCAUAGCCAAAAACAAUGAAGGACAGACCCAGAAAGACUACUUACUUAUUAUACAUGCAUCACCCACUAUUUUGGACUCUGGCCACCCAUCAGAGGUCAGCUCACCUGUGGGGGAGGAGGUAACUCUUGAAUGUCGGGUGAUGGGCACACCCACGCCCAAAGUGAGCUGGCUGAAGAACGGAAUGACUCUAGAGAAUGGCAUCACAGAGCAUAUUAAUAUCUCUCCAGAUGGGAGCAGACUUACAAUUCUAAAUAUAAGAUCAGAGGACUCAGGCACAUACACCUGUAUGGCUGUCAGCUCAGCUGGCCAAGAGAGCAAGAUCUAUACCUUGUUUGUACUGGUCCCUCCCUCCAUCAGUGGGGAGACCAACGUUCCCCGUGAGGUGUACACCACUCAGCACAGUGUGGUCACACUGGAGUGCAAAGUGACUGGAAACCCCCAGCCUCAAAUUAACUGGCUGAGGGAUGGCCAUCCUUUGCUCCUGUCGCCUCGCCUCCGCCUCCUUUCUGCAGAUUCUGUUCUUAGGAUAUCACCGGUACAGCUGUCUGAUUCUGGUAUCUACACUUGUGUGGCGCGUAGCCGAGCUGGGUUAGCCAAACUCAACUUUGACCUCCAAGUGCAAGCUCCCCCUGCUGUGGAGCGCACAGAACCGACAGAGCAGGUAACUGUGGUCCAGGGCUCUUCAGUGACACUCACUUGUGAAGCCCGUGGCGUGCCUCCUCCCACCCUCUCCUGGCUGAAAGAUGGUCAGCCGCUCUCACUGCACCGGAAUCUGCUGUUGGAUGGACAGGAAACACGUUUUCUGCUCUCUGAUGUGGGUCCCAGUGAUGGAGGUCUCUAUAGCUGUGUGGCAAGCAACCAAGCAGGAAGCAGUACCAAGACCUUCAACCUGACCAUCCUAGAGCCCCCCAAUAUCUCUGGCUCUUCAUCCCCUGAGGAGCUGCUGGUUGCUGUGGACAGUGUCAUAGAGUUAGAGUGCAUUACUACGGGUUUUCCCCCUCCUACGCUCAGCUGGCUUAAAGAUGGGCGCCCUCUACAGGACAGCGCAGCAAUAAUACAGAGAGAUGGACAGCUUCUCAGGAUCAAUAAAGUUCAGGUGGAGGAUGCAGGUCUUUAUACCUGUCUUGCCAGUAGUCCAGCAGGAGAAGAUGGUAGGAACCACUGGGUGCGCGUUCAACUUCCACCCACUUUGCUUGGCUCCAGCGACAUCAGAACUGUGUCAGUGCCUGCCAAAGGUCACUUGACACUGGAGUGUCAAACCGACAGUGACCCUCCACCAGAGAUUGAGUGGUACAAAGAUGAUGUCAAAAUACAGCUGGAUGGUCGAAUUCAGACUAUUGCUGGUGGACAGUAUCUGGAAAUUGAAGAUGUCAGGACCCAUGAUAGUGGACAGUACAGCUGUGUGGCCACCAACAUUGCUGGCAGCACUAGUCUAUUCUUUACUGUAGAGAUUCUCUUACCGCCAGUCAUCAGAGAGGGUAGCUCACUGAUCGUAGCACAUGUCAAUCAGGAUGCAGUGCUGCCAUGUGAGGUGGAAGGAGGGCCUUCCUCUUCUGUUUUAUGGAGGAAAGAUGGUGGCCCAGUCCCACUUCACAAUAACAGAUUCACUUUGCUGUCAGAGGGCUCUUUGCGUAUUGAGGCAGCGCAGUUGUCUGAUGCUGGACGUUACUUCUGCAGUGUAUCUAACCAAGCAGGAUCAGACCAUCGUGGCAUGGACUUGAGAGUCUACGUGGGACCCUCGAUCAGACCCGGCCCAUUUAAUGUAACAGUAGUCACAGGUCAGAGAGCAGUGUUAAGUUGUGAGAGCACUGGCAUACCUGCCCCUCAGGUAAGCUGGAAGAGGAAUGGCACACCCCUCAAUGUGGAUCUUCAGUCUGGCACUUACAGAUUAAUGUCCACUGGCUCUCUGGUCAUCCCCACCCCAUCUAAAGAAGAUGAGGGUUACUUUGAGUGCACAGUGACCAAUGAAGUUGGAGAAGAGCGAAGGGUCAUUGAGGUCAUUCUUCAAGUUCCUCCUGUAAUUAAAGAUGAUGUCAGCAGUGUUACAGCUGUUAAAAUGUCCCCUGUUGUGUUGCCAUGUCAUGCCACGGGGCGGCCAGAGCCAGUCAUCAGCUGGAACAAGAACUGGAUGCAGCUGGGUGCUCGAGGGGGCAGUUACAGAGUACUGCCCACAGGUGCUCUUGAGAUCCUGGCUGUAACACCUAGCCAUGCAGGCAAAUAUACCUGCUCAGCCCGCAACUCAGUUGGAGUGGCUUACAAACACAUUACUCUUACUGUGCAGGAGCCUCCAGAGAUUAGGCCCAUGCCAGAGGGAGUUCAGGUAGUGUUACACCACUCUGUGGUUUUACCCUGUGAAGUACACGGAUACCCUAGGCCCACCAUUACAUGGCAACGAGAAGGUGUUCCUAUUAUGGCAGGUCAUAGACUGACAUUACUCUCCAGUGGAGCUUUGAAGUUCUCACGGGUGACUCUUGGAGAUGCUGGAACAUACCAGUGCCUGGCACAGAAUGAAGCAGGCACUGCUAUGGGACAGACUCAUCUAGUUUUGCAAGUUCCUCCAGUGCUGUCUGUGCCUCGUCUGGAGUACACCGCAGUUCUUGGCCAGCCGGUCAGCCUGGACUGCACUGCUGAUGGCCAGCCAAAGCCAGAGGUGACCUGGCACAGGGAGCGUAGGCCCGUGGUGGAGGGUACGCACCAGAGAUUGUUCUCCAACGGCACCCUACACAUUACCGCCACUCAACGUAGCGAUGCAGGAAUCUAUACCUGCUCAGCCCAAAACAAUGUUGGAAAAGCCAGCCAAGACGUUAGACUGUUUCUGCAAAUCCCACCCCAGAUUUCUGUUGGUCAAACAGAGAUGUCAGUCAUCCAGGGAUUUCAAGCACUGUUACCAUGUGCAGCUCAGGGGCUUCCAGAGCCCAGAGUUAGCUGGGAGAAACAAGGAGACCCAGUGCCAAACCUGUCAGGCAAAUUCACUCUACUGAGGUCAGGAGAACUGAUUAUCGAAAGGGCAGAGGCUGGUGAUGCAGGUCUGUUCACCUGUGUAGCUACCAACACUGCUGGAACAACUCGAAGGGACAUUCGCCUGUCAGUCAACAUGAGACCUGCUUUUAAAGAGUUACCUGGUGAUGUGACUGUGAAUAAAGGUCACAGUCUCACUCUUUCCUGCCAUGCUCAGGGUACUCCAACCCCCACAAUAACCUGGACAGCCAACAACAGGCCCUAUACAGGUGCAAGUGUUGAUGGAUCUGGUAGAAGCUCAGUGAUUAUUGAGAAUGUCACCGUAAGAGAUGGCGGCACCUACGUUUGCAUUGCAGAGAACACUGUUGGCUCUAUACGGGCACUCUCAUUUGUACGUGUCAGAGAACCUCCGGUGCUGAGAGGGGAGGCACACACCAUUCAGACUGUAGUGCAGGGUAAAGUAGCCAGGCUGGACUGUGCUGUUAGCGGGGACCCAGUCCCUUCUCUACACUGGCACAAAGAUGGCCAGCCCUUACUUGGCUCUCUUCGGUUUCAUCCUCUCCGCAAUGGCUCUCUUGCUCUCUACAGUGCCACGAUUGGGGACUCAGGAGAGUACAGAUGUGUUGCAGAAAGUGAGGCAGGUGUUGCAGAAAGAACAAUAUCUCUAAAAGUACAAGUCCCAGGGGGCUACUCAAACUGGGAAGCAUGGAGCCUAUGUAGUGCCAGCUGUGGGCAAGGUAUCCAGGAACGAAUCAGAUUUUGUAACAACCCACCACCAGCCAAUGGGGGCCCAUUGUGUGAGGGUCCAAAUGUGGAUUCCAGGAAAUGUCAGGCCUCACUGUGUCCAGGGGAGUUUCCACGCCGUGCACGAGGCAGUCUGAUAGGCAUGGUUAAUGAGAAGGAGUUUGGAGUGGCCUUUCUGGAGGCCAAUAUCACAGAGAAUGCAGUGGAGGGCACCAGCACACUGGAGGCCCAUGUUGACAACAUUCCACCAAGUGUUGGUCCUUUGUUGCGAGUGCUUGUGUCUGUAUUUGCCCCAAUUUACUGGACAACUGUGUAUCAAUCACCGGAGAUGCAGAAUGGCUUCUCCCUUACACAAGGACAGUUCAGACAGGAAUCUCAACUGGAGUUUGAGACAGGAGAGAUCUUGAAGCUGACUCAUGUGGCCAGAGGUCUCGAUGCGGAGGGAGCUCUGUUGGUGGACGUUGUUAUCAACGGCUUUGUUCCUCCUAGACUUUUGUCAUCUACUCUCAAUUUACUGGAGUUUGACGAGUCGUAUGUGCAGACAGGCUCCGGGCAGCUUUAUUCCUGGUCCUCACAGAAUCACAUGUGGGAUGGGGCUCCUAUGACACUGCGCUGCAAUCAUUCUGUGGUGUUUGAGGGGCCAGAGAGUCGUCAGGGGCCCCUGCUGCAACUCCUCAGACUGACAGGAAUAACCAGCACCUAUAGCCUUUUCACUCUCAGCCUAGAGUUCAGGAUGAUUGCAAGCUUACUCAUACCAGAGGGGGACGGGGAAACAUGUCCAAAAGGUUUUGUCUUGGACACAGCAUCUUACUGUGCUGAUGAGGAUGAAUGUGCAGUCAGUUCUCCUUGCUCCCACUCAUGUAAUAAUAUCAUGGGUGGUUUCUCCUGUGUGUGUCCGUCUGGAUUCACUAUCUCUACUGAGUCAAACACCUGCCAAGAUAUUGACGAGUGCACCCAAGGUUCACAUUUGUGUCAUCCCAACCAGCUGUGUGUGAACACUGUGGGGACGUAUCGUUGUCAUGCCAAGUGUGGCCCAGGCUUCAAACCCGGCGUGGUGGGCACCAGCUGUGAAGAUGUGGAUGAAUGUCAAGAAUCAGCAAUCUCUCCAUGCCAGCAGCAGUGUUUCAAUACUCUGGGUUCCUACCGCUGCACAUGCCACCCAGGAUACCAGCUGGUGGGGCAUCGCUGCCUAGAUGUCAAUGAAUGUUUGAGGAACGUCUGUCCAGCUCAUCAGCAGUGCAGAAACAUGGAUGGAGGGUAUCAGUGUUUCGACAGCUGCCCAGCAGGCAUGACCACAGCAGAAAAUGGAGUGUGUGUAGACAUAGACGAAUGCCAGGAUGGCAGUCACAUGUGUCGCUACAGUCAAAUCUGCCAGAACACUAUUGGUGGGUAUGGAUGUGUUUGUCCUCGAGGAUACCACUCUCAAGGCAUGGGUCGACCUUGCUUAGAUAUUGAUGAGUGCGCGCAAGUGCCCAGCCCUUGUGCUUUUCAGUGCCGUAAUGUUCCGGGCAGUUUUCGCUGCCUGUGCCCACCUGGAACUGUCCUCCUGGGUGAUGGUCGCUCUUGUGCUGGGCUUGAGAGAGGGCAAAUCUUUACCAAUAGCACCCGGAUAAAAGCCAGGCUGCGCCCCCAGCUUGUCUCUACCCUAGAGCGACCCUACCUCACUCGCCUCUCAGUUCAUCCAGAGCACUUAGGAUCUUCACGUCGUCCCAGGCAUGAAUGCCCAGUUGGGUAUACUAGCAAGGAUGGCACUUGCGUAGAUAUCGAUGAGUGUGCCUUUAGAAAGCCUUGCCAACAUGAGUGCAAAAACACUAUAGGAAGCUACCAGUGCACCUGCCCUCCAGGUUACCAACUAUCAUCCAACGGCCGAACCUGCAAAGACAUUGAUGAGUGUACUGUACAAGGAGUCCAGUGUGGAUCAAAUCAAAUGUGCUUUAACACACGAGGGGGUUACCAGUGUCUUGACAUACCCUGCCCAGCCAGCUACCACAGAGGACGCAGCCCAGGUACCUGCUACAGACCUUGCACUCCCAGACUGGACUGUGCCACCGUUAGCUCUCCUCCUCUUCUCCAGUACAAGCUCCUCACUCUUCCGCGAGGUAUACCUGCUCACCACAAUGUGGCCCGUUUGUCAGCUUUCUCUGAGUCUGGCGUUCUCCAAGGCCACACAUCCUUCACUGUCCUGGAGCAAGGAGGAGACACUGGAGAGAGGCCAUUUGGGAUCAAAGAUGAAGCAGGAAGAGGCAUUAUCUUCACUGUAAUGCCUUUAGAUCUGCCUGGCCUGGUGCGACUUCGGGUACAAGCCACUACUCUGUCAGGCCAGGGGCGCAUAACCUACCAGAGUAUUUUUAUAAUCUAUAUCUCCAUUUCCAAAUACCCCUACUGAGUAUUCAUUCAAGACUGCAAAGGGGCCACAAACCUCGGAGAACAGCCCUGUAUGUACUGUUGCUUUUUGGGCCAUAGGAGAAGCAUUAGUAAAUUAACUUAAUUGCCACCUAUUUAUGUGCCCUCUUGUAGUUGGACAGACAACACUAACUAUGAAUGUUAACUAUGGCAGUGUGCAACAUCAAAGUGUGUGUUUGGACAAACAUUCAAAGCCAAGACCUAUCAAUGGCAUAUUGUAUCAUGUCCAAAUCGUAAAGUCUUUGGAUUACAAUACUGUCACUCAUUUUUUCAGAAUGUUGGUUUAUUGAAUUAUCAUUAAGGUAAUAAAUACCCUGCACCUUUUACUCUUUGAAAGUAUUGUAGUAUUUUUUUAAAUCUGUCUUGCCUGGGCUGUUUUUUUUUCUUUUUCUUUUUCUGUAGCGCAACUAUUUUUGGUGCUUCAAUAGACAUUUUCAGGAUCCACUCAGUAGUACAUAUUUUGGAAAAACAAUGAACCCUAAACAUUAAAAAAAUAAAAAGAAUAAUAAAAAAAAAUAAAAAACAUUCAAAAAACGGAAACAGAUGGUUCCUAAUAUGGGGCCAGAUAACUUUUUUUUUCUUCGCUUUUUGAUGAGGCUUCAGUUUUAGAAAGUUUCAACAUGAACUGAUCACCAGCAAAUUCUACCUUAAUUUAAAAUUAAUGACAUGUAAUUUUUGCAAUAUUCUUAUGUUGUAUUGAUAUAUUCAUGUACAUUGAGUGUAAUCUCAGAGUGUGUGUGUGUGUGUGUGUGUGUGUGUGUGUGUGUGUGUGCCACUGCAAGCAUGUGUAUGUGAACAAAAGAUAUGGUUGUGCUUUGACUGUUUAUGACUCCUUGAAAAUGAAAUGUAGAUUAUUACAAAUGUCUUAAUAUUUUUUUCAUAUUUAAUCUAGCACACACCUUUUGCUUUGCAAGUUGCUUCAAACCUGUAGGACUUUCUUUUUUUGAACACAAAAAAUGUUAGGCGGAAUGUUAGCUUCAGUCACCAUUCACUUUCAUUGUAUGAAAAAUGAUGCAAUGAAUGUGACUGGUGACUGAAGUUAACAGAAAGAAAGUCAUCAGGGUGUGAAUGACAGAAUGUUCAGAAACUGUACAUGCUGCAUUUACUAUUGGAAAAGAGUAUGAGGAAGUGAUGUAACAUAAAAACUAGUGCGGUGCGGUUGUGUGGAUUAUUUUCUGUGUGCCUGUGUUAAUAUCCCAGUUCAUGGGGGCCUGGGUAGCUCACCAAGCAAAGAUCCUGACUACCACACCUGGAGUCACAAGUUCAAAUCCAUGGCAUGCUGAGUGACUCCAGUCAGGCUUCCUAAGCAACCAGUUGGCCUGGUUGCUAGGGUGGGUAGAGUCACGUUGGAUUAACCUCCUCGUGGUCGCUAUAAUGUUGCUCUACCUCUUGGUGGGGCGAGUGGUGAGUUGUGCAUGGAUGCCGCGGAGAAUAAUGUGAAGCCUCCACAUGCGCUACGUCUCCACGGUAACACGCUCAACAAGCCACGUGAUAAGAUGCGUGGAUUGACGGUCUCAGGCAGCUGAGAUUUUCCUCCACCACCCGGAUUGAGGCGAGUCACAAUGCCACCAUGAGGACCUAGAGCAUAUUGGGAAUUGGGCAUUCUUAUAGGCCUACUUUGUGAAGCCUUAGAAUCCAAGCUGAGGAUCAUAAUAACAGCAUGGAAACAAAAAAUACAUUUCUUGAAAGAUGCAUCUCCACUAUUUUGGUCUUAAAAUGUGGUAUUUGGACUUUUUAUUAUUGCACUAUUGCAAGAAAAAAAUUACAGUUUAAGAUACCGUUUUUAUCGAUCGAUUUUACACAUUUCUCCAUACUCAGGUCACUGCUCUCAAAACAAUUAACAUAGCCAUCUGAACACUUUGUAGUGGUGCUAAACAGAUUGCAAAUGUUAUUUUUGAUUUUCAUAAUUUUCUUGAAACAUUUCACACAAAUUUCUUUGCUCCAAGAUUCAUUCUUUCAAAACAGUUAACAUAGACGACCAAAUUAAAGUCAUAUAUUCAAAUGCACGUCAGGUUGCCAAAUCCGUUCAUAUUGAUAUCUGCUGUGUUAGUAAUGCACACAGCAAAGAACAUGCAAUUUACUAAAUGUUUCACACAACUAUCAAGACUUCCAUCUAUAAAAGUUGUCAAAUAUGAAAAUUCAGAGCAAACAAACAAUGAGGAAUUACAAAAUGAAGAAGAGGUGCAAACUGAGAAGAGGUAGAAUGGGUAAAGCAGGGUGAAAGAGUAAAGAUUAUCUGAUUAUCUCAAAUUAUCUGAGAGUCCCUCUAAUUGAUCAUGUAUUGAAUCACGGUCUCUCUGAGACAAACAGUGUUCGGCCUAAUGUAAACAAAUGUACAGUGACUUCAAUCUUAACAAAAAGAAGAGGGGGGAAUGGCAUUGGUCUGUGUGAUGGGGAGGAGGGCGUGGCCGGGCCGUGAGGGUGCACGAGAGAGAGAUAAAAGAGAGCCGGAGAUGCCAGUUCGAGAGAGAGACACACGCGGCCGGUGUGUGUGUGUGUGUGUGUUUGUGCGUGUUUGUUUUUAUGUUGUUUUAAGUUCAGUUUCGUCAUUAAAGUUACAGUAUGUUGACUGUUCUGCCGGUUCCCGCCUCCUCCUUGCCCACCCUGAACCCGUUACAGUCU